AAUAUUUUUACAAAACGUUGAAGUUCAUUAAUAAAAUUUAUUACAUUGUAGGAAUGGUCGGGCAUAUGGAAUAAGAAAAAGAUAUCCAUUAACAAGAACACGAGUUAAGCGCAAUCGAGGUGAAUUAAAAGUUUUUCAGAAUUAAAAAAGGAAAAAGUAUAUCUUCAAUAAAAAAUCGAUUUUGAAAAAUUCGGAAAGAAGUGUUUGUUCGUCUCUACAAAAAGUCGUUCAUCCGUGCCAUGUAUAUGUGUUCGACAUUGGAUGAACAAAAAAGUUGAUAGUAUACGAGAAAAAAAUGAAAUAAAAAGUUGCUAAGAAUAUUAGUAAAAGUGAAAAAAUAUAUGCAUACAUAUGUAAAGACGUCAUAAGUAUUAAUUAGCAUUAAUAUUCACUAACAAAGAUAAGAGUUCUAAGUACGGGUAUGAAUAAAGUAAAUUGUAUGUAAAAAGAGUAUGAGAAAAAUGCGAUGAAAUGAAAGAGAGAAAAACCUGUGUGAAACUACCGAAGUCUCGUAUGAAUCGUAAUUUAAAAAACUCUGAAUAAAUAAAUUCGAACAAAGAAAGAAAAAAAUAUAUUACUAAAGAAAAAUAUAAAAUAAAAGUUAUCCUUUGUCGUCUCCAAGGUCUCAAACACCUUGUUGAGUAACUUAAUCAUUGUUAAUGUUAAUGCAUGUACGUGUGUGUGCGUGUGGUGUAUGUCGCAAUAGUUAAAACUAUUUACAGGUACAAGCGACGAAUUAUUCCAUAAUAUGAGAUAUUGACACCCGACUCGGUGCGACGGUAUGCUAAGUUUUUCAUUCCGAUUGCUUCUAUCUUCGUAAGCUUAAGAUAUUGCGUCAAUUCAGCCCCGAUUUUGCUUUCAAUAUGUUCAAAAUCACUUAAUUGAAAAGAGGUUAUUAUACUCAGUGAUGAUAAAUUGCACAAAAAGCCUACAUUUGAAAGGGUCGUGAGUUGUAGUCAAAGCAUUAAAAAAAGGAAAAACUAAUUUCGUUUUCUUACUCUUUUAGUAGAAUGAGCCAAAUUUCGCAUAAACUAAUGUAAUGUAUGUCGCUUUUUGUCACCUUCUUCAUAACAAAGAGUUUGUGUUUGAUUUUUUCUAUUUACGCCUCAAUCCAAAGAGAAAUAAAUGUAUUACAUCGAAGACACUCUACGUAUGCUUACACACAUACAUAGGCAUAUGCUGCAACCUUUGGAGUUUUAUGCCAAAGUAUUCGCCUGAGUAGCCGAGUAAGAUAAGGAUCUCUACUAACAACUUAAUAUGGUCGUGCGUUCAAAUCUCAAGUGCGGUAGAGUUUUCAACAAAAGUCGAUAGCCUGAGAUGCUUGCGCUUUAAGACUUUAGACAUUGAAUAUAUUUCUCUGACUAAAUUGGUUAUAAUAACGGUAAUGAGGACCUGAACUUCAAAUGAUUGCGAAACAUUGAUGCCUUUAUUUACUAUUCUUAUCAGUGAUGGAUUAGCAUUCUGCUUAAGUCAAUCAGAAUUAUAUGUAAAGUGUGAAUAUACAUGUUUGUCUCAAUUUUCGAAGUAUUAUAAAAACUUGACCUUCGCAAGCUGACGCUUGCCACAGUCGAUUGUUGAUUGUAACACAUUGCUGUUUUAAAUAGAAUGUCAACAAGAUUUCAAGAAAUAUUUCCAUAGAAUCACAGGGAACUAUUCCAUACAUACAUAUCCUAAAACUCAUUUCAGCACUAAUUCGUAAUUUUCACCCGUCUUCAGGUUUAUGAUCGAAUACAAAAGUUUUUCAUCAAUUCCAUUGAAUUUCGUAAGGUAUACCUCUGUUUCCAGCUUUGCAUGUGUGGUUUUUAUUUAAGUAGAGACCAGUAUAUGUAAAUGUAAUGUAACAGCGGAAUAUUAUGACAAACAGAUAAAGUAACGCGUUAACGUUACGAAGGCAAAGAAAGUAAGGGAUUUGUUAUUUAAAAAAAAUGGUUUCUAUUAAUUGACUGCUGUCUGUUUAUAUAGGUGUCUGAAUCAUUUGGUUACAUGCGAAACACACACUCAUUCUUAGCCCACACUAGACUUUAAUACUUCGCCUGUUAUGUAGUUAAAAAAGUAACAACAAUUUCCAGCGAUAUAAGCAGAGCAUAUGAAAUCAUAAACGAAUACCUGUACUCAAAUGUACACCUAGAACUGUGAUAUAAUUUUCCUUUCUACUCGUUCAACCUGAACUCAAAAUAUUGCUUCGUAAGCUUAUCCGUCAACUAAAUCGCAAAACAUUGCAUUUAAUGUCGUAUAAGAAAAGUAAUCGCCUGACAAACCGUCUUAUAUCAUACACCAUUACACACACGCAUAUAUAUGCAUUCAGAUAGAGUGAGUUGGACCGUUGAUUUGGUUAUUUUUAUUUGCAUUUUUUUGAAAUACUUAUAUACAGAAAGUGUAAUUGUGUAUACAUGUGUUUAUUGGUAUUAAUGCCCUGUCGACCACUAUAAACCAACAGCUUUGCAAAUUGUAUUUGCAUCUCACCGCUAACGGCUGUACAAACUACAAAAGCUCCCAAAAUGUCAACGGAUAAAAUCAAAGUUGCUGUCAGGGUACGACCCUUCAACCGGCGUGAAAUUGAACUCGACACAAAAUGUAUAGUGGAGAUGGAGAAGCAACAAACCAUUCUACACAAUCCACCCGCAUUGGACAAGCUGGAAAGGAAACCUCCUAAGACAUUUGCAUUUGAUCAUUGCUUUUAUUCAAUCAAUUGUGAUGAUGAAAACUUUGCUUCGCAAGAGACCGUAUUUGAUUGCGUUGGUCGUGAUAUACUUGAUAAUGCAUUCCAGGGUUAUAAUGCCUGCAUUUUUGCCUAUGGCCAAACGGGUUCUGGUAAAUCGUACACAAUGAUGGGAACUCAAGAGUAUAAAGGUAUCAUUCCACGUUUGUGUGAUAAUCUAUUUUUGGCUAUUGCUAAUAAAAGCUCACAGGAUCUCAUGUACAAGGUUGAAGUAUCGUAUAUGGAAAUUUAUAAUGAGAAAGUUCACGAUCUGUUAGAUCCAAAGCCAAAUAAGCAAUCGUUAAAAGUUCGCGAGCACAACGUUUUAGGUCCAUACGUUGACGGAUUGUCUCAGUUAGCCGUCACUUCAUAUCAGGAUAUUGACAAUCUUAUGACUGAAGGCAAUAAAUCGCGCACAGUAGCUGCUACUAACAUGAACGCUGAGUCCUCUAGAUCACAUGCAGUUUUUUCUGUGGUACUUACACAAAUAUUAACUGAUCAAAGUACCGGAGUAUCGGGCGAGAAAGUAUCGCGUAUGUCUUUAGUUGAUUUGGCAGGUUCUGAGAGAGCCGUCAAAACCGGUGCUGUAGGUGAACGUCUAAAAGAGGGGUCCAAUAUUAACAAAUCGCUCACAACUCUAGGUUUAGUUAUCUCGAAAUUGGCUGAUCAAUCGAAUAGUAAAAAACAUUGCAACGACAAGUUUGUUCCUUAUCGCGAUUCGGUUUUAACAUGGCUAUUGAAAGACAACUUAGGAGGCAAUUCAAGAACUGUUAUGGUGGCCACAAUUUCGCCCUCGGCCGAUAACUAUGAGGAGACCUUGUCUACGCUUCGCUAUGCUGAUCGCGCUAAACGUAUUGUCAAUCAUGCCGUCGUUAAUGAAGAUCCCAAUGCUCGGAUUAUACGGGAAUUGCGGCUCGAGGUGGAAACUCUACGGAAUAUGCUCAAACAUGCGACUGGUUCCCCGGUGGGCGAUAUACAACGUGUUGACAUACACGAUAAACUCGCCGAGAGUGAGAAUCUUAUGAAACAAAUUUCCCAAACUUGGGAGGAAAAGCUGGUUAAAACUGAACGCAUACAAAAUGAACGCCAGCAAGCUUUGGAGAAGAUGGGCAUAAGUGUACAAGCCAGCGGUAUUAUGGUUGAAAAAAACAAAUAUUAUUUAGUCAAUUUAAAUGCAGAUCCGUCCUUGAAUGAGUUGUUAGUUUAUUAUCUUAAGGAACGCACAUUGAUCGGUGGCCACACCUUAUCCGGUCCACAGCCCGAUAUACAAUUGUCGGGCUUAGGCAUUCAGCCAGAGCACUGUGUUAUCAUCAUUGAGGAAGGCGGCCUCUUAAUGGAACCAUUUACGGGAGCAAGAUGUUUUAUUAACGGUUCAGCUGUUAUUGAAAAGACCCCACUCCACAACGGUGACCGAAUCCUAUGGGGUAAUCAUCAUUUUUUCCGUGUUAACUGUCCCAAAUCAAAUGCAAACAUGAAUUCUGAGCCUCAGACUCCGGCUCAAUUAAUAGAUUACAAUUUUGCUCGAGAUGAAAUUAUGCAGAAUGAGUUGAGCAAUGAUCCCAUACAAACUGCUAUAGCCAGACUUGAACGUCAACAUGAAGAAGAUAAACAAGUUGCUCUCGAAAAGCAAAGACAAGAGUACGAAAGACAAUUUCAACAAUUACGCAAUAUUUUGUCACCAAGCACACCGUACGCCCCUUAUACACCUUACGAUCCUUUACGAUUGGGUAAAAUCACACCUAAUACACCUACUUCACAAAUGCGGGUCGAAAAAUGGGCUCAAGAACGUGACGAAAUGUUUAAACGCUCGUUAGGUCAAUUGAAAAACGAUAUCAUGAGAGCUAAUGCCUUAGUGCAGGAAGCCAACUUUCUUGCCGAAGAGAUGGAAAAAAAAACGAAAUUCUCAGUCACUCUUCAAAUACCACCAGCCAAUCUUAGCCCAAAUAGACGGCGAGGAGCUUUUGUAAGCGAGCCGGCUAUUUUAGUUAAGCGCACCAAUUCUGGCAGUCAAAUAUGGAGUAUGGAAAAGUUAGAGAAUAAACUAAUCGAUAUGCGUGAAAUGUAUCAAGAGCACAAGGAACAUAUACUGAAUGGUUUGCCUCUUAUUGAGGCUUUCCCAGAUGAAGAUGAUUCUGAUGAGGAAAACGAAAAUGCAAAGUUUUCGGAUCCAUUCUAUGAAACGCAAGAGAAUCAUAAUUUGAUUGGUGUGGCAAACAUUUUUUUAGAAGUUUUAUUCCAUGACGUUAAAUUGGACUACCACACUCCGAUCAUAAGUCAACAAGGUGAAGUCGCUGGACGACUUCAAGUUGAAAUUCAACGCAUUGCUGGACAAAUGCCGCAAGAUCGUAUGUGCGAGUCGAUUUCAGAGUCCUCAUCGGAUUCUCGUGAUGAUUACGAUGACACAACCGAUCCCAUUGCCAAUCAAAUAACUUGUCGCGUUUCUAUUAAGUGCGCGUCUGGCCUGCCGCUAUCUCUAUCGAACUUCGUAUUCUGUCAGUACACUUUUUGGGGUCAUCAAGAGACCGUCGUGCCUGUAAUAAAUGCCGAGACCACAACUCGUGACCAAAAUAUGGUAUUUAAGUUUAGUCACAGCAAAGAUUUUACCGUAACCAUGAAUGAAGAAUUUCUUGAGCACUGCAUUGAGGGAGCUCUUUCUAUUGAAGUUUGGGGCCAUCGAAGCGCCGGUUUUUCCAAAUCUAAAGGCUGGGAAGUUGAACAACAGCAGGCCAAAGCACGUUCCCUUAUGGAUCGUUGGGCCGAAUUGUCGCGAAAAAUAGAAUUAUGGGUUGAAAUUCAUGAGCUGAACGACAAUGGUGAAUAUUCGCCAGUUGAAGUUACUAAUCGUAGCGAAGUACUCACAGGUGGCAUUUAUCAGCUACGUCAAGGACAGCAACGUCGCGUUCAUGUGCGCGUGAAACCAGUACAAAAUUCAGGAACUUUACCAAUCAUAUGCCAGUCCAUUGUCAAUAUUGCUAUUGGCAGUGUAACAGUCCGUUCACGUUUACAGAGGGCUUUAGAUUCAUAUCAAGAAGAGGAUCUUACUGUAUUGAGAGAGAAAUGGAGCGAAGCGCUGGGUAGACGGCGACAGUACCUGGAUCAGCAAAUUCAUAAGCUAAUCAAAAAAGAAGAGAAAAGUGAGGAGGAACGUGAACGUGAACUCAGUUUAGUUCAUCAGUGGGUGUCCUUAACCGAAGAGCGCAAUGCCGUCUUAGUACCGGCACCGGGCACUGGAAUACCUGGCGCUCCCGCCUCUUGGGAUCCGCCAGCUGGUAUGGAACCUCACGUGCCAGUGCUAUUUCUCAAUUUGAAUGCAGACGAUCUUUCGGCUCAAAAUACUAACGAUGAAUUUUCCAUUGCCGGUCUCAACUCUAUACUUUCCAAAGAACAUGGUCAUAAAUUUUAUACCUUACAAAUUUUACAACAUUUCGACAAAGAUGUUUGCGCCGUAGCAAGCUGGGAUUCAUCGAUGCAUGAUAGCCCAGCAUUAAAUCGCGUCACGGAGGCCAAUGAACGCGUAUACUUGAUUUUACGUACAACUGUGAGGCUGUCACAUCCAGCUCCCAUGGAUUUGGUUUUGCGCAAACGUUUAUGCAUUAAUAUCAAAAAGGGACAAAGUAUCACUGAUCGAUUAAAAAAGUUCCGCUUAGUACGCAUUGAGAAUGCUAUUUCUAAUACAGGCGUCACCUAUGAAGUAGUUUCCAAUAUCCCAAAGGCGUCUGAAGAGUUGGAAGAUCGUGAGUCUCUUGCUCAACUUGCCGCCAGCGGUGAUGAUUGUUCAACUUGUGAUGGUGAAACAUACAUAGAGAAAUACACUCGUGGCGUAUCCGCUGUCGAGAGCAUUCUGACAUUAGAUCGUUUGCGUCAAAAUGUAGCCGUUAAGGAGUUGGAAACUGCUCACGGACAACCAUUGUCUAUGCGUAAAACUGUUAGUGUACCUAACUUUUCACAGGCGGUUAAAGAAGCACCAAAUCCUGGAAGUAUUAUGCGUUUGGAUGCUUCUAUGGAAUCUUUGCUCAAUGCUGGACGUUCAGAAUCAUUUGUGGAUUUGAAUCAGCCACUUUCCACGAAAUUCCUACCGCACUCAGUUCAAGCAAGUCCAGGAAUAAGAGAUUUUGGUGUUCGCAGUCGUCACAGUUUCGGCGGAAAAGCGUCCAAUGAUGAUUCUCCGGGUAAACCGUUCGGUAUCGCUUCUCCAGCUACGGGCAAACUGAUGAGUAUGCGUAUGACGACAUUACAUGAAGAGCCGUUCGGUGGGCAUCGCUCGUUAGCGGAAGAAGCCGAAGAUAGUUAUAGUGAUUCAGAGUACGUGAAUGGCUAUGGGCAAGAGCGUGCACAAAGUAACAAUAUCAGCACCAAUAAUUACCAGAAUCGUUCGCGUCUUACUUCUUCCAAGACCAUGGAUUCAUUCAUGGAUGUGAGUACACACACGAAUUAUGGAUGCUUGAACUAUGCAAGUACAACGAAUGCCGCUGCGAAACAGCUAACUGGCUUAGCUACACCUAGCAUGAGUUCGUCAACAUCGAGCGGCUACGGUUCACAGGCGGUGUCUUGUACAAACUUAUCGAACGACGAUUUGGUUUCGAUGCGAUCCAUGAACAUUGAAGAGGCUCAAGAUUACGAUCAAGUUAACUCCAAUUCACCGCCCAAUCGUUCGGCUACACGUAUUAAUCCUUUCCUUAAGGAUAUGACAAAACAUGUAAACAAUCACAAAGAAACGAUUUUAAAUCUUUUCGAGCUCCAGGAGGCUGGCUCUCAAAAUUCCCAACUUAUUGAUGCUAACAAACAAAUGCCACAACAAAUCGAUAGCAAUGAUUCUGCCAAGUCAAUAAAAGACGCUAUCAGCGUUACCAAUCAUAUCGAAGAGUCGAACAUCAUCGUGAACGAAAAAAAAGGUCAAAAGAUAAUUGAAUUGCAAUCAACGGUAACCGCAAAUAAAAAUAAACCAAAAACUACAAGCAAUAAUAACAAUGAUGUUGAUACCGCGACAUCUGCUACUGCACUUAGUCAGUUAAUUCCCAGUAAUGGUAACAAUAGCAAGGCAGACAAUCGAAAUGGUAACGAAACUUUCGAUGAGCGGAAGACCGGGCCUCAAAAAGUAACUCAACCGAACAGUAAAAUUCUUAGACGGAAAAAAUCAAAUCAAAACAACGGUAAUACUGUGACGGGUACAAUGUACAAUAGCGACCAUAAUAGCAAUAAGACAAAUUCAAUACAAAGCGAAUCAAUACUAAUUUCUUCUAAUGGCCGCCUUAACAUGUCCAAUAGCUUGGAAAACGAAGACGACAACAAAUUUACAGAAAUAAAUUUACCUAGUUGGGUGGUAGUAGGUGAAUCGGUUCUUAUACGACCCUAUAAUACCAGUGGCUUGAUCGCUUACGUUGGCACAACGCACUUCCAGCCUGGUCUAUGGAUCGGAGUCGAACUUGAUACACCUACUGGCAAAAAUGAUGGCACUGUACAAGGCAUACAAUAUUUUCAAUGCAAGGCAAAGCAUGGAAUAUUUGUACGAUCCGAUAAGCUGAUCCUAGACAAGCGCGGCAAAGCAAUGCGAGCCUAUAAAGCUGAACAAAAACAAAGCAAAGCUGAGACUAAUUUAACCCGUCCUAAAAGCCGAUACGAAACCUUAAGCAAUUCCGACAAUCGUAAAUGAUUGUAUCCGAAAUGUUCGCAUCAAAAAGAACGCUUGGUGGCGAGUUGUCGAAAACCCACACUAAUUAGGGCAGCAACUACUACUGCUCCGACGACUGACGCCACAGUAACGCCAACUGCUGAUUUCCCAAUCAAAAUGAAACAAUCGCCUCAUCUAUGCUCCACGAUCGGGUACAGUAGUGAAUUUUCGGUUGCUACGAAGGAAAUUAAAACGGCAUCGGUUACCCCAAUACGUUGCCAUGAUGCGAACAUUAAUUAUAAAAAACUAAAUCGACGCUCAACAGCAUUUUAACUAAAAAACAAUUAUGUAAAGCAAUAAAAAUGAGGUAGUGUAGCGUCAUUAAAAAACCAGCAAUAUAACAAACGAUUAGAAUACGAAUAUCAGUAGAAAAUGCAUUAUUUUCAUGUAUUCAUUAAGUUUAAAAAUUACGCAUAUACUUGAUCCGCUUAUAAGCUAAAUAUAAUUACUCCUCCACUCUUCACAUGCAGUACACAGUAACAUAACAAGUUCGUUUUUUUCCCUAUAUACCGCCUUGUAGUUAUUUAUACAUACCAUAUAUAAUUUUUUUUUUUGUUUUCAUUUUAAGGA